AUGGCAUCUCCUGCGGAGGAGCCUGCCAGAGCAGCCCGAAAGGGUGACUCUCGCCCGCAGAAGCAGAGGCGCGAGGACCAAGAUGAGGCAGAACUCCUCACUGUCCCUGAUGGCUGGAAGGAACCAGCCUUCUGCAAAGAGGACAAUCCCAGAGGGCUCUUGGAGGAAAGCAGCUUUGCAACCUUGUUCCCGAAAUACAGAGAGGCUUACCUGAAGGAGUGCUGGCCUUUGGUGCAGAAAGCCUUGAAUGAACAUCAUGUUAAAGCAACACUGGACUUGAUUGAGGGUAGCAUGACUGUGUGUACGACGAAGAAGACCUUUGAUCCUUACAUCAUCAUUAGGGCCAGAGACCUAAUUAAACUCUUGGCGAGGAGUGUUUCAUUUGAACAGGCAGUACGGAUACUUCAGGAUGAUGUUGCAUGUGACAUCAUCAAAAUCGGUUCUCUAGUGAGAAAUAAAGAAAGAUUUGUUAAAAGAAGACAGCGGCUUAUUGGUCCCAAAGGAUCUACAUUGAAGGCAUUGGAACUCCUAACAAACUGUUACGUCAUGGUUCAGGGGAAUACAGUUUCCGCCAUUGGGCCUUUCAGUGGCCUGAAGGAGGUUCGAAAAGUAGUCCUUGAUACCAUGAAGAACAUCCAUCCAAUUUAUAACAUUAAAACCUUGAUGAUUAAACGGGAGUUGGCAAAAGAUUCCGAGUUGCGAUCACAGAGUUGGGAGAGAUUUUUGCCACAGUUUAAGCACAAAAACGUGAAUAAACGCAAGGAGCCGAAGAAGAAGAGUGUUAAGAAGGAGUACACGCCAUUCCCUCCUCCGCAGCCUGAAAGUCAGAUCGACAAGGAGUUGGCUAGUGGCGAAUACUUUCUGAAGGCCAAUCAGAAGAAGCGGCAGAAAAUGGAAGCGAUCAAGGCCAAGCAAGCAGAAGCUCUUACAAAGAAGCAGGAAGAAAGAAACAAGGCAUUCAUCCCGCCUAAAGAAAAGCCAGCCAUGAAGCCAAAGCCCGCUACUACUGAAACGAAGAUUGAUGUGGCAGCUAUCAAGGAAAAGGUUAAGAAAGCAAAGACCAAGAAACUGGGCGCUCUUACAGCAGAGGAGGUUAAGCUUAAGAUGGAAGUCGACGAAAAGAAGCAGAAGAGAAAAAAGUAACAUUGGGAAAAGUCUGUACCUGAACUUUUUGGAAGGUGUUUCCUUUUGUAAAGGAUUUUGAGAUGGGUUUAUAGCUGCCUCACCUGGAAGUAGUCUUCUCAGAAGCUCAUGGCCAGAGUUUUGUCUGUUCAUGGACAUAUCCUAUGUAAAUACUCUAUUCAGUCCGAGGCAGGUUUUGUCUACACAUCAUUUUAGGAAUACCUUUUAAAUUAUAUAGAUUUUUGAAACGAGAUUAUAAAAAUACCCGAAGUGUUUGGUUUUAAGGGAAACAAAUACAAAUUUUCCACUGCUAAUAGCAACUAUUUGUCAUUUUUUUCCCAGAGUAAAACAACCCACAAACAGAAAAACCAAGACUCUAUAUCAAAUCUCUCAGUCCCUACUAUUCUAACUAAGGAAAUGGUACCAGAAAAAUGGCUAUAGGUGUCUAACCUCAUGCGCACUGAGGCCAGAAGAGGACACUGGAUCCCCUGGAGUAGAAGCCAUGUGGGUGCUGGGAAACAAACACAGGCCCUAUACAAGAGUAGCAAGUGUUCUUAACCUCAUAAAGCAGAUAUUACUCUUUGUAGUUCUAAAGCGUCAUUGAAACAUUUUUCUCAAACAUUUUACCAAAGCCACUUAUGAAUAAGGUCCCCCCCCCCCAACGAUGGCAUUAGCCCAAAAAAACUAAAUUAGGGUAUUUGUGCUUUACCAAAAUGGUAACAAUAACAGACAGUAACACAAGUACUGCCUUAACAAUGAGAAAGAGAGAUGUGUAUCUGUUGCGUAGAUAGAUGGGUCUUCCUGGGUAGUUACCAGAGUAGUAACCUGUGAAACAAAUAGUGUGCUUUUAGAGUUUCUCAUGGGGUGCCGGCCCAGUCCCCAACCCAGUCCAUACAGGUCCCAGCCAAACAGUUUUAGGUUUGCAUACAUACGUGAGGUGUGGUCUCUUUGUGGGUUAACUGUAAAACCAGAAGUAAAAAAAGAAAUUAGUUUUUUUUUUUUUAAUUGUAUCCUUGUAACCAUGAACUUGAUUUUACUUUAUUAAAUACAGACAUUUAAAAGAAAUUGGCCCCCAGUGGGAGUGGCAUGAUUAGGAAGGGGGUGGGCUUUGAGGUCUCCUGUGGCCACCAGAUCAAGAUGUAGCCAGCACCAUGUCUGCCUUCAUGCCACCAUGAUAACAGACUACUACUCAACCUCUGAAACCGAGCAGGCCCAAGUAAAUGCUUUUCUUAUAGACUUGAGGGUCAUGGUGUCUCACAACAAUAGAAACCCUAAUCAAGACAACUUAAGUUUUCCAGUCUUUUUAUAGGAACUCAAUAUGUGAAUUUUUUUACUCUGCCAGUUAAUGGAACAAUUGUUUGAUACGCUACAACCACCAGAUGAAUCUUCUGUUGAGCUAUGGUUUGUUUUGAAUAACAGACUAUUUCCUAAGUUCCUCCCCUAAGGAGAAAGGUGGAUACUGGUUAUGAAGAAAUGAGAAAGGAGACAGCAGUCUCCUGUCCAGCGUGACUAGGCAUGUGACUUUUCAAAAGUCCUAGUGUCUGUCCCAAAGCUUCAGAUUUUGAUACUCAGCACGGGGCAAGAAAAUGCCUCAGUCGCACACACAUGGACCUCCAUUGAAUGUCCGCGGUCAUCUCUGGUCAGCAUGCCCGAGCCCCCUUGACAGUUACACAGGGGAAAAACUAGAAAAUUCAUGGGUGUAUCUGCAGAGUCGUCAGUCUACAUUCAACUACAGAAACCAAUGGACAUCCAGAAACCAAUGGACAUCCACGCACUAUCUAAAGCCACCUUAUGUGCCGUGUGUAUGUCCAGGCAUUUACAGAGCAGUUUGUAUCAUUCGCUGCACAGAGCAGCAUUAAUCAAAACAGUAGACAAUGGUGGAACUUCGUUUCAUUAUCUCUGUACUAUAUACUUUGUCAGUUAGGUUUUGUUAAAUAAAAGCUUUGAUCUUA